AUGGUUCUCAGUCUCAAACUCUGCCUUGCCGGCCUGGCCAGCGCCGCCGCUGUCCAAGCCAUUCCCAACACCAUUCCGGAGUUGGAUAUCAUUUCUACCUCUUCUCUGGAGGAGCGGGCCUCGUCCUGCACCUUCUCCGGGGCCAACGGUGCCGCCGCGGCCAUCAAGGCCAAGACCACUUGCUCGACCAUUGUCCUGUCGUCGGUGGCCGUUCCCGCCGGAACAACCCUUGACCUGACUGGUCUGAAACAGGGCACCACGGUCAUCUUCGAGGGUACUACCACUUUUGGCUACAAGGAGUGGGAGGGUCCCCUGGUCUCGGUUUCUGGAACUGAUAUCACCGUCAAGGGUGCCUCUGGCUCCGUGCUCAACGGAGAUGGUGCUCGCUGGUGGGACACCAAGGGAUCCAACGGUGGCAAGAAGAAGCCCAAGUUCUUCUCUGCCCACAAGUUGAUCAACUCCAAGAUUCAGAGCCUUACCAUCAAGAACUCGCCCGUGCAGGUCUUCAGCAUCAACGGCGCGCAGGCAUUGCACCUCGACAGCAUCGUCAUCGACAAUGCGGAUGGUGACUCCAAGGGUGGCCACAACACCGACGCCUUUGAUGUCGGUUCCAGCACUGGUGUCUACAUCACCAACCCUAUUGUUCACAACCAGGACGACUGCCUGGCGAUCAACUCGGGCACUGAUAUCUCCUUCACUGGAGCUCAGUGUGUUGGUGGCCAUGGUAUCUCCAUUGGCUCUGUCGGCGGCCGCUCCGACAACACCGUGUCCAAGGUCACUAUUCAGGGGUGCACCAUCAAGGACUCGGACAACGGUGUUCGCAUCAAGACUGUCUACGGCGCCACUGGCUCGGUCAAGGACGUCGUCUACCAGGACAUCACUCUUUCCAACAUCAGCAAGUACGGCGUUGUCAUCGAGCAGGACUACGAGAACGGCAGCCCUACUGGCAAGCCCACUGGCGGUGUUCCCAUCACCGGCCUUACCCUGAACAACGUGAAGGGAUCUGUCGCCAGCAAGGGUACCAACAUCUACGUUCUCUGUGCUUCGGGUGCUUGUUCUGGCUGGAAGUGGAGUGGUGUCAACGUGACUGGUGGUAAGACCAGCACCAAGUGCCUUAAUGUUCCCGGUAGUGCCAAGUGCUAG